GCUCUCCGCUGGUCGGGCUGCGUCUUGGGUCCUGGGUUGGGCUGGAGCGGCUUCUCCACUCUAGGCUGUUUGGAAGGCCGCAGGCGCGACUCUGGGCCUAUGGAAAUGACCAAUCGGUGCCAGAGGGCUUCUCCCUCACCCCCAGUCCCCAGAGUUAGAGCAUUCGGACCCUUGUAUUCCCUGCAUCCCCCAAUUUUCGCCCCUGGACCCUGGGUUCAGCGCAUCUGUAUUACUUUGUGCUCGUAGCAGUAAAAUACAGUAUAAUUUUUUUUAAAGCGAACUUUUGAAUUAGAUAAUCUUACUUUUCAGUUCCAUUAAAAGGUCCUUAAUCUAGGGCAGGUUGCUUUAAUCUCUCCGAAAUUCAGCGCCUUCACCUGUAAAAUAGGAUUUAUGACCCCAUCUGUCACUGAGCUGUUUGUAAGGGGUUGACAUAGUUUAGAUCUCUGUCGGAAAGUGUUCUUUUAAGUUAAGAAACCUACUCUAUUUCUUCCUGGUGGAAUAUCAUCAAAUCUUGAUGGAUUAAAUAAAGCAGACAUAAUUCAUCUCUAGAAAGAUUAAUUAUACCCUGGCAUUUGAAAUGCUUUAUAUUUAGAAAAGUAGUAAAAAAUGGAAAAAGGGAAAGUAAAUGAUGAUGGAAAACCAGACCCAGAAAAUUCCUUGGACUUUUCUGAACACUUUAACCAACUUGAAUUGUUGGAGACACAUGGACACCUUAUUCCCACUGGCACCCAAAGUCUCUGGGUAGGGAAUUCUGACGAAGAUGAGGAGCAAGAUGAAAAAACUGAAGAGUGGUAUGAAUUGCAAGAAAAAAAAAUGGAAAAAGAUCCAAGCAAAUUGCUUCUUUGGGCUGCUGAAAAAAAUCGGCUUACUACGGUGCGGAGACUACUUGCUGAGAAGUCCACUCACGUGAACACCAGAGAUGAAGAUCAAUACACCCCUCUUCAUCGAGCAGCCUACAGCGGACACUUAGACGUUGUGCGUGAGCUGAUCGCACAAGGGGCAGAUGUCCACGCGGUGACCGUGGAUGGCUGGACGCCCCUGCACAGUGCUUGUAAGUGGAAUAAUACCAGAGUAGCUUCUCUCUUACUUCAGCAUGACGCAGAUAUUAACGCGCAAACAAAAGGCCUCUUGACCCCCUUACAUCUUGCUGCCGGGAACAGAGACAGCAAAGACACCCUAGAACUCCUGCUGAUGAACCGCUACAUCAAACCAGGUCUGAAAAACAACUUGGAAGAGACUGCGUUUGAUAUUGCCCGGAGGGCAAGCGUCUAUCACUACCUCUUUGAAAUUGCGGAAGGCUGCACAAAUUCUUCACCUCAGUCGUAACGGUUCUAACAGUUUUCCAAGUACCAGUGCCUCCUUUGUGUGAGAUAUGAAAUGUCUCCAUAAUACACGGUUGAGAUCAAAAAUAUUUUACUGCAGACGUUCAGUGGUACGCAUCCGAACGCCCUUCCGAGUGAAAAUGCCUAACCUUGAUGUCAAAAUGUAUUUGAAAGUUGUUUGGAUAUAUCUUUAGUGAUUUAUGUGGAGUUUGUGAUUUCUAUCAGAAAUAAUUUUAACUUCCUACUUAAAAACUUGUAACGGGUUGUACAGAAAACUAAUGAUAUUUUUGGUGCUGAUCCAGGAGAAGUGUAUUUUUAAAUAUUCCCCCAUCCCGGAUUUUUGUUGAGUAUUUAGUAUAUUGACAUGUAUUUUUAUAAGGUGAGCGAACUCAGAAUUUAAUUUAAAAAUCUUAAAUAUACUGGUGCAGGACAACUGUCUUCUUGAGAUCACCAUAGCCAUUUGCUUUCAUUUUAAACUGUAAGAACUGACUUAGUGGUGACUUGAAUUGUCAGAGUUUUAAAAAAACAGAAGAAAAGCUUAGAUCUUUGUCUUUUAGAGCAUAGACCAUUUUCGGGAAGGUAGUUAGCUAAGUGUUUAGUCCACGAAUGUUAUAUAUACUGCCUCCGCUGCCACAGCUCACACAAUCCUGUGGACAGUCCUACCUCACCCUGGCCAACCCCCGUGAUCCUUAGUCCAUCGGUGAGUCAGCAUGGCCCUUCAGAUGUGCACACAACUCUCCCUUGGUCCAAGAGCCCAUAAUCUAUCUGCUCCCCAACUGGUUUUACCUGCCUCUUCCUGCUGUUUGUGGCACUGCUCAGAUGGGCUCUCCUGUUCCCAGGAAGUAUUGAUUUUCCAAGGUCCCCCUUUUAUACAAGUCCUGCAAAAGCAACGAGACAGGGGACAAGGAAUUCCAAGAGUGAAGGAAUGGUGACUAUAUUGGGGCCAGAACCACAACGUGGCUCAGGCUUUAGAAAGCCACAGCAUAGAUCGUGACAAAAGCAUAAACAUAAAUAUUCAGAAGAAAAUAAAAAUUUUGAGCAACAAAAAUGGCACCAGUUCUUUUUUUUUUUUUUUUUUUUUUUAAUCAGCGUAUCUCUUCCUUGGCUUAGGUCUGUAACAUAUUAAUUCACCCAGCAUACAUUUAUUUCAUAAUUAUUCUCUCAGUCUUUUCCAGUGGCAGUUUCCCGUUGGUUACCUCGCCUCUCCGUGACUGUUCCCAAAGGGUUUUCUCUUCACUUUUAACGCCAGAGCUGAGGCUGUGGGAAGGAAACUAAACCAAUGGGGCCUUCUUUAUAUAUUCACUGAGGUUUUGUUUUUGUGUUUUGAGCCAGCCCAGGUGAUCCAAUCGUUCUGGACUAAUAAUGCUAUGUAAUCAAAUAUGUUUGGUGGCUUUUGGGUUCAAAAAACUUGAAUCAUCUCAGAAAA